AGUCAUAUUUAAUUUUCGAACCGUAGUAAAAGUGCAAAUAAUUAAUCAUCCAAAAGUUUUAAAUAUACUCAUGUUUUGAUAAUUUUUUUUUUUUUUUUUACAAAUUUAAAUAAUACAUGUCAUUUUUAAUAUGAAUAUUAUUGUUAUUAUUCUGGUCAUUAUUCCAUUGAUGGAAGCUUCAUUUUUAGGAAUUGCUCAAACAAUAUUUGGUGGAAAUGAAAAUUAUAUAUCAUCUCAUACAUCACAAGAUUACAAAGUGUAUUGGAAUAUACCAACAUUUAUGUGUCAUCAGUAUGGGAUCAACUUUGAUGAUGUCAAGAAUUUCGGUAUAGAACAAAAUGAAAAUGAUAAUUUUCGAGGAGAAAAGAUUGCAAUACUUUACGAUCCUGGAAUGUUUCCAGCUUUACUAAAACAUCCAAAUGCUUCAUUAACAAUCAGAAAUGGUGGUGUUCCACAAGAAGGUAAUAUUAAACAACACUUAAGACUUUUCAAGAAACAUCUUGAAGAACAAAUUAUUGAUAAAUCAUUUUCUGGUAUUGGAGUUAUUGAUUUCGAAAGUUGGCGACCAAUAUUUCGUCAAAAUUGGGCAUCACUUGCUGCUUAUCGUGAUUUUUCUAUUCAUAUUGAAAAUAAAAAACAUCCACAUUGGGACAAGUGGUCAAUUGAACACGAGGCAGUUCAAAGAUUUGAAACAGCUGGUCGAGUUUUUAUGGAAGAAACUUUAAAGUUGGCCAAGACAUUGCGACCCUAUGCAUCAUGGAGUUAUUAUGCAUACCCGUAUUGUUUCAAUUUAUCACCUCAACAAUCAAGCUAUCAUUGUCAUUCAAAUAUUCGAGAAGAAAAUGACAAGCUCUUUUGGCUCUGGAAAUUGGAGGACAUAAUGUUACCAUCUGUUUAUCUGAGAAAUUCUUUAUCAAGCAAUGAAAAAAUCGGUCUUAUUACUGGAAGACUUGAAGAAGCUAAACGACUUGUUGAUGCAUACAAACCUCAAUCAAAAAUAUUACCUUAUUUUUGGUACAAAUAUCAAGAUCAAAAAGAUAUUUUUCUUAGUAAAAUUGAUAUUGUAAAUGGAUUCAAAGAAAUGAUCAAACGUGGUGCUGAUGGGCACAUACUGUGGGGAAGUUCAAAUGACUUUAGUACAAAAGAAAAGUGUAAAAAAUUUAAAUAUUAUUUGAAUGACAUUUUGGGACCAGCUGUUAAUGAAGCACGACAUUUAUUAAAACUCACUAGGAACUCCGUUUCUUCGAAAUAAAUUUUAGUGUACUACGCCAAUUACACCAAAGAAUUUUUAUAAUAUAUAGCUAGAAAAUUAAAAUGAAUGGAUAAAUAAAAACUAUUUAAAUAUUAAUCAAACGAACAAUAUUUUUUUUCAUCUUAUACUAUCGACUGUUUAUUGUAAAUUUUACUGGGCCAUUGCGGAGAAGGGCACGGAAAAGCGGAAAGAAAUUCAAUUUGGAAAGAUUGUUGUUUUUCUGGAAGGUCUAAUUGCGAAGAAAUGU